CAAACGUUUUGACAUUGUUAAUCAUGAAGUCAAUAAUUGUCUGCAGUUUCUUUGUUUUGAUUCUGGUGAAUCAAGUAUUGUGUGGUAUUGGAAAGUGUGGUCCAGAUUCACAUCUCGUGCGAUGUAAAUCUUGUUGCAAACAACCAAGUUGCUUUAAUAGAGAGGUACCUAAAUGCCCAAGUUGCCCAAAAGAUUGUAAACCAGCAUGUGUCUGUAAUCCAGGAUUUAUAUUGGAACCUGAAGGACGACGAUGUAUACCCAUUGGUCGAUGUCCUAUAAAUUAGAAUGUAUUUAAUUUGAAGAUA